GAGUGCGCCCUCCAGAGUAGCAGCGAAGAAAGUUGUGAUCAAAAUGGCCGCGCCCAUUAGGCAUGUGAGAUUUUGGUGUACACUACAAAAAUCAUUCAAUUUCGAUGUGGAUGUGGUUUGUCACAUCCCGGGAGUCCGUUAUCUACUGUAUCCCGGAAGAUGUAGGCGAAAGAUGAUUAGGUUUUUUUCAUCGACUGACAUGGGAAAGAGGGAAUACUGGGAUACUUUCUAUGCCAAGAGGAAUGCUUCCUGUGACCCAGCAUUUGAUUGGUUCUUCACUCAUGAUGUAGCCAAUCGGUGGCUUGCUAAGUGCAUCUUUGCAAUGAGGACUACAGGACCAGCCAAUGGGGUUGUGAACAUUCUUGAACUUGGCUGUGGUACCUCUACUCUCGCCAGUAACCUGCUCAAAGACAAUGUGGAUGUCAUGAGCCUAGUCUGCGCAGAUUUCUCCCCCAGAGCAAUCAGGCAGGCACAGUCCAUCUCCAGGAGAAUAUGCUCUUCAAACAAGGAGUCCAUUCAGUUUGUGGUAGCUGAUGCCAGUCGACUCCCCUUCAGAAACAACCAUUUUGAUGUCGUGUUUGAGAAGGGCACAUUUGAUGCCAUGUUGAACAGUAACAAUUCCGACCUUGCCAGGAUGUCCUUCAGUGAGACUGUUCGUGUGCUGAAUUCUCGGGGAACGCUCCUGCAGUUUUCUGACGAGAAUCCAGAUUUGAGACUUUCUUUUCUUGAAGAAGCCCUUCGAGAAUCUGGUGUGGAUAGAAAUCAAGCCUCUGUAACUUUCCAAGAUGUUGGUAGUUCCUAUGGUGUGGAGUACUUCCUGUAUGCAACAAAACUAAGCAAAUCGUAAUGAACCUGUUUAAAAUCAAUUUUCGAGAAGAUGUUUUAUUAGAAAUUUUAUUUGUAUUCAUUUAUACUUAUCUGUCAAGUAUGAUCUAACCCCUACGCUUUUCCAAGCCAACUCUGGCUCUCCUAUCUACUGAGCACUACGUUUAUCCCAUGCAUAACAACAAAAUGGACAUCUUAUUGAGGUGGUUGUAACCACUGAAGCGUUCACAAAAAACUUUUUGCACAAAUCAAGAGCUUUUUAAAGGGAUUGUGUGAAAAUGUAGUUUUUCUAUGAGGGUCUUAGAAAUGAUGCAUGUAUACAGAAUACGUAUGCGUCUCGGAAAAAGUGGCCUAUUAGUUAAUCAUCAUAUUGUGUUAUAAUUUCACCAGAAAUAUCUGCAUCUUGAUAUUUUGCAUCUUGAUAUACAGGGUGGAUAAAAAAAACCGAAACCGAGAUAUUAUUGCUAAUUGGAACAGAAGUAGGGCACAU